AUGGUAACUACUAAAGAUUUAAUGUAUAUUGUUGAUAAACCUUCAAAAACUUCAAUUUUUUAUUAUUUUGCUCUUGAGGGUGAAGGAUACAUUGAUCUGAUCAAUCCAAUUGAUAAAAUGGGAUUAGAUGAUUAUAUUAUAUUAAAGGGUGAAACACCUGACCUUGGCAACUUUAAUAUUAAAAUAGUGGAUGAUUCAAAUAAUCAAAGUCCAACAAUCAAUCCAAUUUAUAAUGAUGAGAUUGCUGAUAUAUCUAAAACACAAUUUUUUGGUCAAUUGAUAUCUGACGAUGAUUUAUGGAAAGCAAAAGAGAAAUAUUCUAAUGAAGAAUUUCCACCACCACAUUAUUCAUUUUUACUAAAUAAUUUAAUUGAAGAAGAUUCAAAUUUUUAUGCAUUUCAAAAAAUAUUUGAAGGAUCAUUCCAGUUUGAUAUAAUUUAUCAAUCUGAUCUGUCAUCCACAAAUAUUGACUCUGGUAAUUUGGGAGUAUUAGUUGAAAAGAAUUCAAAAGAAUUUGACCAGAGAUUUGAAAACACUUUUAAAUUAACAGAAAAAGGUUUUAAUAGUAAUCAAAUUAAAUUUGCUCAAUCAAUUACAAGCAAUUUAUUAGGAGGGAUUGGAUACUUUUAUGGAUCUAGUAUGGUUGACAGAACAUAUAGUGGUGACGAAGAUGAUAUGGAGGAAGUAGAAAAUUUUUGGGAGAAAUUAAAAAAAUCUAAUCCAACUUUAACUUUACCCACAAGUUUAUUUACUGCAACUCCUUCUAGAUCAUUUUUCCCUCGUGGAUUUUAUUGGGAUGAAGGUUUCCAUCAACUUUUGAUUGAUAUCACAAUGAAUUGGGUCAAUUUAAUUGAUAAUGAUGGUUGGAUUGCUAGAGAACAAAUAUUAGGUGAAGAAGCACGUAGUAAGGUACCACCAGAAUUUCAAAUACAAUAUCCAUAUUAUGCAAAUCCUCCUACACUAUACAUGUCAAUAAUAUCUUUUAUUGACAGAUUAGAAAAUUUUGAAAAUCAAACUUAUUUAAAUGUUCAAGAGGAGCCUGUCAAAGCUAAAUCGUCAGGUAAAAAAGGCAAGGAAAAACCUGAAACUGGUGAGCAAGAAGAGGCACUUGUCAAAGCUAAAUCGUCAGGCAAAAAAGGCAAGGAAAAACCUGAAACUGGUGAGCAAGAAGAGGAACCUGUCAAAGCUAAAUCGUCAGGUAAAAAAGGCAAGGAAAAACCUGAAACUAGUGAGAAAGUAGAGGAACCUGUCAAAGCCAAAUCGUCAAGUAAAAAGAGCAAGGAAAAAUCUGAAACUGGUGAGCAAGAAGAGGAACCUGUUAAAGCCAAAUCGUCAAGUAAAAAGGGCAAGGAAAAACCUGAAACUGGUGAACAAGAAGAAGAACCUGUCAAAGCCAAAUCGUCAAGUAAAAAGAGCAAGGAAAAAUCUGAAACUGGUGAACAAGAAGAAGAACCUGUCAAAGCUAAAUCGCCAAGUAAAAAGAAUAAAGAAAAAUCCAAGGCUGAUGAACAAGAAGAAUCUGCUAAAGUUAAAUCAUCAAAUAAAAAGCGCAAAGCAAAAUCUAAGGCUGACGAACAAGAAGAAUCUGUUGAAGCUAAAUUGUCAAGUAAAAAGCGCAAAGAAGAAUUUGAUAUACAAGAAGAAUCUGCCGAAUCUAAACCGUCAAGUAAAAAGGGGAAAGAAAAAUCUAAAAAUGAUGAACAAGAAGAAUCCGUUAAAUCAUCAAGUAAAAAGGAUAAAGAAGAAUCUAAAUCGUCAAGUAAAAAGGAUAAAUCUGGUAAAGUGAAGACCGAAAAGAAAGAAUCGGUGCAAAUAGCAGAUGUGGAAGAGCACGGAGAGACUUCAAAAAGUGCCGAAAAAUCAAAGAAAAAAGAUAAAAAGGAUAAAAAGGAUAAAAAGGAUAAAAAAGAAUCAAAAGCUACAAAACGUAAACAUGACGGUUCAGAUGAGGGUAAAGAUGAUGGUAAAGAUGAUGGUAAAGAUGAAAAAGGUGAAACUUCAAAAGAAUUUUUUAUUCAAGUCUUUUUUAAAUUUUAUUUUUGA